AAAUUGUGGCAUGUUUGUCAAUCCGGCGUGAAGUCAAUCCAUGGCCGACGAGGAUGAUUACCUCUCGGACAAGUUUCUUGUUCAACUUGCAGCCGAGUCUGCACCGAAAACGUAUGCUCAGAGACGCCAAGAGGCGCUGAAGCAGUCUCAAGUCAAGAAUGAGCAGAACCGAACCAAGAGUCGGCGUCAGAGGGAGCAGGAGUCCAGGGAAGAGGGGCUUAGCAAGAGCCUGUUUGAGCGUGCACAGGAGGAAGAGAUGGCCGUUGGUGGGAGCAAGGCACUGGGCAUCAUGGUGAAAAUGGGGUUCAAGGUCGGGCAAUCGUUGGGAAAGAUCGAGGACAGCCCUCCAAAGACCACCGUGACAGUUCCCUUACCUGGUCCGUCCGAGGACGAGUCUUCGCAGGGUACAUCCAGGGCUCAGUCAGAAUCUGCGGAUCUUGGAGAGGACUCGAAAGGAAAGCCUCGACACAAGGUUGAACCAUUACCCCUCAAUGAAUGGCGAGGGAAGAAAGGCAUCGGUCUAGGGAAGCGUGCUCGCUCACCCAGCGCCGCUGAUCGCCUCGCGAAGAUGGCGAAGAUGGCGGAGGCAGCCAGUCAUGAGAGUUUCCGAGAUCGCGCCCGCCGCGAAUACGAAGAACGGCGAGCAGAAGGGCGCCUCGGUCCUACACGACGAACGUGUCUCACACUCGACGAGAAGGCGGGCAUUACAUUCAAUGUCCUCUGUUUGGACCCGAACGACCCUGAGUCUGUGCCAUCGGGCCUUAUGGACGCGCUAUCAGCCCAUACACUGCUUGUAUCACCGUUGCCUUCCGCCUCAGGAGAUGCCUCCCAUAAGGCACGUCUACGCGCCCAAAUGGCAGCUGAUGCCCUGUUACCGGUUUCUUCUUUGGAUGAAGAUGACAACGACAACGACAAUGAAACACCCACAACAGUGGAAGAAUUCCCGCAAGAAGUCAUCGAGGAAGCAGCUUACUUUUUGCGAUUGGGCCCGCGGGACCGCUUAAAGCUCCUUCUCGACUAUCUCCGGGAGAAAUACUCGUACUGUUUCUGGUGCGGGACGCAAUAUGAGGAUUCUAUUGAUUUGGAACAGAAUUGCCCUGGGCCUGAAGAAGAUGAGCACGACUAGAUGUCUAGUGUGGGGAAUAUGUUCCCUCCGUAGCCAACGUCAAUCGUAUUGAUUGAUCUAAACGUACACAAUUUCCCUACGAGAAUCAAGAUGUAGUACAAUCGUGAGUCCGAAAUUUCCACAAGCAAAGAGCGAAGUUAUGGCAACUAUGAGAAGGAAA